CUGAUCUGCACCUCGGUACAGAAGAUGAACAGUAAACUCAGCUCGAAGGCCACGAAAGACGUCGUCUUCUUUUUUCCCCUUUGCUUCAUUUUUUUUUUGUUCCCAACUCCUUUGUUUCAAAGGAAAUGCUUCUGAAACGCCAGCAGCACUUGCAGAGACAAAGGGAAGUCCUCGCCUACAGGAUGAAGAAGUUGGCGGCCAAACAGGUGGAGAUGACAAAAAAGACAGACGCAAUGAAGGAAAAAAUCAAGAAGAAGUACGAGGACAUGAAGCGGGUGCUGGACGAGGACCUUCGCAUCACACUGACCCUGAUGGACACUGAGCUGGAGGCCACCGAGAAGCUAAUGGAGGAGAAGAUCGAAGACUGCUACCACCUCACUGAGGAACUGGACAAGGAACUGGCCAACAGAGCGCAAACAGACGACGGUGACGUUCAGAAUCGUGAAACAGACAACAGAAUCUUUGAGAUGCUGAAGCUGACGGACCCUGAACUGAUCAGGAUGGACGAGUUCAAGCACGAACAGCUGCUGAGUCUCACCACCAACCUGCUGCUCUUCAUCAGAUCCCAGAUCCCUGUCACCAAGAAGCUAUUUCAGAGCUACGCCGCGGACGUCGUCCUGGAUGCCGACACCGCUCACCCCAAGCUGAUCGUCUCCCCGGGGGGCGACUCCGUCACUUACACCGACACCUGGCAGGACGUCCCCGAGGUCCCCUCCCGCUUCGACACCACCCUGAACGUGAUCAGCAAGCAGGGCUUCAGCGAGGGCCGCCAGUACUGGGAGGUGGACGUGAGCGGGAAGACCUACUGGGAGCUGGGGCUCACCUACCCCAGCAUCCCGCGGCACGGCUCCGAGGAGGUCUGCUGGAUGGGCCGGGGCAAAGAGUCCUGGUGCGUGGAGUACUUCAACGGGAGCUACACCGCGUGGCACGGCGGCGUCCAGCACGAGCUGCCCCUGCUGGACGGGAGGCAGUUCACCCGCAUCGGGAUAUACUGCAGCUUCCCCGGGGGGGUGGUGUGCUUCAUAGGGGCCGACACGGUGACCCCGCUGCACUGCUUCUGCGCCGGGACCUUCGCCGACACCUUGCACCAAGCGCUCUGUCCGGGCCACGACAACUACGGCACAAACUGGAAGUCCCUCAAAAUCUGCGACGCCUCCCGGUCGCCUCCUGUUCUCUGAGGCAGGAAGAAGGACUGGGGGGGUGGGGGUGGGAGGGGGCAUCCAGAGCGCGGCCCGAUAGCGGACAUAGCUAACACGUCGCACAAUCCUCAGCUCCGGAUGCCGCGAGCGUCGGGCGAGUCUAAAUUGGCUCAGGGGAAUCUUUAAAGCGUCUCUAUUUUAGAUCCACGGAUCACGCGGUUUUUCCCUCGUGGGAAGCGGACGCGCCAAAGCUGUCAAAGAGUUUAGAGCCGCAUCAGAAUCUAGCAGCGUGUCUGAAGUUAUAUUUUCAUUCCUGCGAUUAUCCAGAACAUGAGGACGAGCAAUUGCAAAUCAGAAAAGUAUUUGAUAAGCCUUUAAAUAGUUAAUUAGUUUCUUACUGUCAACAAAUACAAUGAGAAGACCAAACUAAUCACACUUAAGCCUCUUCAUCAAAACUUGCCUAUUGUUCUCCACCUCAAAUCCACUAGUUUCUACUUAAUACAGCAUGCUACACCGAUCAGCCACAACAUUACGACCACUGACAAACUGAAUAACACUGCAGCCUGACACAAAAACACUUAAGGAACAACUCGACCUGUUGACCUGGCCUCCAAAUUCACUAGAUGCCAAACUGAUCAAGUACCUGUGGGGCCCCUCCCCUCAACUCACAGGACCCAAAACUAACUGUGUUGUCCAUUGAAUGUCCACUCAUGUCCAUUCUCUGACCACAACCUGUUUUGGAGGCACAAGAGAAACCUACACACAACAUUAGGAAGGUGGUCAUAAUGUUAUGCCUGAUUGGUGUAUUUCAACCUUUUCACUGAAAAUAAAAAAAAUAAUGCAGUUGUGUGGGUAUAAUCAAGGUUUAUUUUUACUACAUUAGAGAUGCUGUAGUAAGUGUUAUGUAUGAAUAUUGGUUUCAUUUGACUCGGUUGAUGUGACAAACAAACCAAAUAACCUUAAGAAACAGAAAUUUAAAUACAACUCUGAGUAUAAUU